AUGUCUCAAGAGAUCUACACUGGUGUCUGGACUGACUGGAGCCUUGGCUCGGUCCAGGGUGUAACUAUCACCCUGUCCGCCCGAGACGGCGGUCUUUUACUCGCAUUCAUCGCCAUUUUUGUCACUUUCGUCACUACUCGCGCGUGGCGGAUCAUCGCCUUUGCCGCUCAUCAGAGCAUGGCAUCCGGGGGCAAACAUGACGGCCUUUACUACCAACGACAGUUUAUCUUGCGAAAUAUCACCUCUCCCAUCGCCGCGGCCUGGCUCUUCAUGCAGCAGUCGUGGUACUGGCGUCCCUUCGCAAACAAGGGGCUUGCCAGGACUGUCCCUUGGGCUCUUUGCGCGCUCGCCUACGCCGGUCUCUUUGCGGCCGCAGCAGUAUUCUCAGCAGAAAUUUCGACAGGGGCAUCCAAGUUCCGGCUCUUGAAAGCUACCAACUGCGGCAUCUUCACCCCGGCCGACAGAGACGCGUUCCAGGGCAAAGAACUAUUCGAUAACCAAGUCUCUUCGAUGUAUAGUCGUCAAUGUUACUCCGACAACUCGUCGGCAGCAUGUAGUAGCUUACCCGUGUCGUCUAUUCGCUGGACAAACGAGUCUGUCGACUGUCCAUUUGCGGAUCGAAUCUGCCUUGGCCACAGAGGGUUCAGAAUGGAAAGUGAGAGGAUCAACUCGCACAAUCAUCUCGGCAUCAACGCACCGGAGCAGAACCGCAUCUUCUAUUCAAGAGAAACGGUCUGCUCGCCCCUCGUCACGCAGCCCGGAUUCAUUCAAUACGUCAAUGGAAGCGAGGCUAAAGAACUUGGAUGGCCCGAUAAUAUUUUGAUCAAGUAUCUGUACGGGUCCAGAGGCGACCGGAACUAUACCUACAUUUACAAUACGUACGGCCAAAACAUGCAAACGGGAUACUCAACGUGGACCUACUACACACUAGCUGGAAGGAAUGACUCCACCUGGAAACCUGCAGAGGCAUUAGAAGUGGAACACAGAGACCUCACCCUAAUGUUAAUUGCGCCCAACUCUAUCAUCCAUAUGGAGCCUAACGACGACCCUGUUUUCGCGGCAAACAACCCCAUGAACAUUGGCGGAGUAAUCGCCUACCUUCCAGACCGCUUCGUCAGCCCCAUUGCCUGCGCGGACGGGCAUCAGAUUUGCAAUCCUAUGAACGACCAGUGUACGCCAUUUCUGGGCAGCUCUGAGCUUUUGGAGGCUGCCAGGGGCGGUCGCUUGGGGCUGAACCCAACGCAGGUUGCGACGGUUACACGGCUCGGGCCAGCCGUUUCCCUGUCGACCUUUUAUAAUCUCAUAUGGACCCGAACCCAGAGCUUCCUGCGAGCCCAGGAGCUCGUAGGCGGGCUGACGCAGCUGCCACUACCCUCGAACCAGUGGGAGAUCGAGAUGGAGUCCCUCAUGGCGGAUGCCCUUGCCGGCCUACAGCACCAGACGCUCGAGUACGUUACGGGGCCUGCGGCGCCAUCCCGGGGCACGACGCUCCAGUUGUGGGACACGUUACCCGAGUCUGCGUCGGUAGCUGCCGAAGACAUCAGAGUUCCGCUAAGAGAGCUGUGCGGGUCACAGAGGAUUAGGGAAACGCAGGGAACACUUAACUUCUCGGUUGUCGGGCUAGGUGUCUUGUUCGGCGUAGGUUCAGCCAUGAUUAUCGCCUCUCUCCUGUUGGAGCCUCUGACACGGUUUGUCCAAAUGAGAACUGGCUGGGGAACGUUAAAAGCAAAGAGGUGGGAGCGCGAUGAUAGUCUGCAGGUUAUGCGUUUGCUAUUUGAGUUGAGAGAUGCUGGGCUGUGGAAGGGAAAUACGGAAUCGUUUCCUACGACGGAGACAAAGGACAAUUUUGAAUUUGACGAGGAUUAUUUAGGAUAA